UUCCUUCCUUGAAUAUGUGGUAAUAUUGGCGCUUGCUGAAUAGUCCUACCAAAAUCCUUACGGGCUAAGGUUAUCCCCUUUCACUUAUUUACUCGGUAAGAACCGAGUUUAAAUGAGACCUAUGCGCCAUGGCAUGGAACCAGAUGUUGCACUUGCGCAGGUUUACUCGCGCAACCUAGAGUGACUCUACCAUCAUGGAGAAGCUCGACUACGUGGUAGUAGGUGCUGGAUUCCACGGUCUAGCUGCUGCGAAGCAGUUUCACUGUCUUAAUCCCGACAGAACAAUAGCGGUUUUCGAUGGAGAGUCUACGGUGGGCGGAAAAUGGGCCAAGGAUCGGCUUUUCCCGGGGCUUAAGAGCAAUAACCUCCUUGGAACGUAUGAAUUCCCCGAUUUUCCGAUGAGCAGCGAGAAAUUCAAUGUCAGAUCUGGGGAGCAUAUUCCUGGAGAAGUAAUCAACACAUAUCUCAAGACGUAUGCCGAAGAAUUCGGGAUCACCAACUUCAUACGGCUAGAAACUCGAGUCCUUACCGCAGAGCAUCAAGACACAGUGGAAGGUGGAUGGAUCUUAACCGUGCAGCCAGCGAACCAGGCUCCGACCAAAAUCUUUGCGCGUCGACUCAUUGUAGCUACAGGCAUAUUGUCGGAACCUUUCAUGCCACGUUUUGAAGGACAAGAUGAUUUCGGUGGGAAGCUAUUUCACAGCAAGGACUUCCCGCAGAACAGCGACACUUUAAAAGCGAAAACCGUCACGGUGUUUGGAGCCGGAAAGUCGGGGUGGGAUGCUGUGUAUCAAUACGCAUCAGCUGGUGUUAAGGUUCACUGGGUUAUCAGAUCAAGUGGUCAUGGGCCAGUAUGGAUGGCUCCACCAUAUGUUACCCCCUUCAAGAAAUGGAUUGAAAAGCUUUCGAAUACGCGCUUCCUUACUUGGUUUAGUCCAUGUAUCUGGGGUGAUGCCGAUGGUUAUGUGGGCAUACGAAACUUCUAUCAUCGCACCCCAAUUGGUAGAUUUAUAGUUGAUCAUUUCUGGAACAUACUAAGUCAGGACGUUAUCACACUUAAUAAAUUCGACUCACAUCCGGAUACGGCAAAAUUGAAGCCCUGGUUGGAGGUGAUGUUCACCGGUUGCAGCUACAGUAUUCUCAACUACGAUCAGGAUAUCUUCGAACUUAUCAAGAGCGAUAAAGUUGAGAUACACAUUGGUGAGAUAUCCAACUUAAGCCCAGGAAAAGUCCACUUAGCAGACGGCACUGAAUUCGAAUCUGAGGCUUUUCUCGCCAACACUGGCUGGAAACAUGUACCGCCUAUGAAAUUUCUUCCAGAGGGCAUCGAGAAAGAACUUGGUAUCCCUCACCAAGUAGUUGAUCAAGCGACCCCAGAAGAUCUGGCAAAUCGGCAUGAUUUUAUCGAACUUGCAGAUAGAGAGAUCUUACAGCGUUUUCCAAGGCUCAAAAGACAGCCGGUUUGGAAUAAGGAUUUCAUUCCUCUAUCUGAUCAGAAGGGCAUCGUUACCGAGGCGACGUCUCGUAUGCCUCUGACACCUUAUAUGCUAUACCGAUUCCUAAUACCGCCGUCUCCCCGAUUCUUACGCCCCCGAGACGUAGCAUUUAUAGGACUACAGACGAACUUUAGCAAUAUCAUUACGGCUCACAUUAGCGCACUUUGGAUCAACGCCUACUUCGAGGGACAGCUGACAAUUGAUCCCGCAAAAGCAAUUGAAAGCAAAGAGGCAACAGCAAAACUACAAUAUGAUACUAUGCUGCACAAUCGAUUCGGAAAAUGGCGUUAUCCUACCGAAUGGGGCAAUAAAGGCCCCAACUUUAUUUUCGAUGCUGUCCCAUAUCUUGAUCUACUACAGCACGACCUUGGGCUAAAGCCACACAGAAAAGGGGGCAUGUUAGUGGAAAUGUACAGCCCCUACGGACCCGAAGAUUACCGCAGCAUCAAUGAAGAGUGGCUUCAAAAACACAAAGAUGAUCAAAGUCCUAAAGAUAUUAAUCAUCCAUCCUCGAAGUAGAGUCUAGUAUCUGGUUUAUAAGAUGACGUUGGUUCGUUGGUGGCUGGGUAUCGAAUAACAUAAUGGCAACUUCAAAUACAAUUUUCCUUGAUCCUGUUUCUAUAGCAUUUAUCAUCCAUCCAAAGAGAGGAUAAUAUCAGCACUGGUAUACCAUUGGUUCGCGACAUGGAUGGCCUAUGAAGUGCUAUGUUUCCGGACCCAUCUCACCCAGAGGAGUGAUUAGAAAUCUAUAAUUCUAAAAGACCAACAACAUACCAAACAAGAAGUCUGGUCCAAUAGACCGGAACUAAUCUUUGCCGCAUAUACACAUGUGAUCUACAGUAACAUAACCAGAAAGCCAUUAUCGAUUCCAAAUCAACGGCAUAUAUAUUUGACC